AAUAAGAGAAUCAAAAUAAUAACAAUAAAAAAUAAUUUGUUCAUCUUAUCUAACAAGGGCGGAUCAUAUUACUGCGGUUCGUGGUAAAGCCAGUUAUAUGUAAUUCCGCAAACAUGAAGCAGGAGCAAUCCCCAUUGUCAAUUUUUGCCGAGGAUAUCCUCAAGAAUUAUGGAUCGUUCAUGGAAGAGCACGAUGAUAAAUUGAAAUUGUUAAGCAACAAAUUGCCCAUUUCCCAGCCCUCCGACAGCGUUUCCCCCAUCUCGAUGACGCCGGUGAUCGAGCUAAACGUUGGCCGCAACGAGUCGUCCACAGUUUCGGAGAUGAGCUUCGAGGAAUCGGAAUUGCUGGCGAAUAAGACGCUUACAACGCUGGCGAACCUGUGCAAUCAGUGUCGAGAUCUGGCCCACACGGCAAGGCAAUACCAGUUGGCUUUCAUGUUCAGUGACUUCCGACUGUUGGACGAUGUGCGAAGUACCCCUUCAUCGGAUGGUGCCGGCCUGGAGGGGCCGCUAUUUCGCAUGAGCGGCUCCAUGGAGUUCUUCUGCCAAGUGUUCUUUCUGCUGAAACGCAUCGUUGUAGUACUCCAGAAUCUGUGGCGACAAAUAUCAUCCGCGGCUGACAGCGUGCCCGUAUCCAAUAUAUUCACCGUAUUUGAUUGUAUGACGGAACUACUGGAGCACGCUGUCGUCUUCAGUGAACUGGCGAUUCAGUCAAAGAUUUCGGUCAAGUGGACGCUGUACAAGGAGUGGCUGGUAACGCUCUCCAAUGCUGGACACACCGCGGGCCGGUGUUCUGGCUUUGAGCUAGCUGGUUUGCGGACGUCUCUGGCUGAAAUCGAGAGCGUAAUCGCGGGAAACCUCUUUGGGCAUCUUCUAGAUAGCCUGCUGGAUUUGAAGAAGCAGUUCAAACCAAAAGAUGUGAGCUACAUCAGUCAGCAAUCCAAUGCCUAUAUCCGCAAGAUGCUUCUUCAAAUCGAUGGAAAUCAGAACAACGAAUUCGUGAACUUGGAAGAGCCUAAGCACUUGAUUCGGCUUGUUGCCUUCGUGGCGGUACAUCACGAACUGGGCAUCCAAAUUGAGGCGAAAUUGGUGCGGAAUGUCACCGAUCUGGUUAACAGGCACCACCGUUUGCCCCUGAAUCAAACCGUUUACUGGUCACCCGCUGCGUUCCUGGCGCAGCAUGCCAAGACCCUGAUGAAAACCCCAGCCAAGCCUGUGGACUUCCAAGGAGUCAAAGCGCAUAGUUCGGUCUUGGAGAAGAUGAAGUCCAGCGACCUGAAGACCUGCCGACAAUUGGGUGUUCAGAUUUCGUUAUGGUCGAUCAGCAUGCAGCGAGUACUCGAUGCCGGUGUCUUUGGACGUCUAAAGACAUUCUCUCAAUUGAUCCUCAGUGGUCAGUCAUAUGCCGAGCAGGUGACCCGCCUGGCCGACUCGCUGGUUAAUCGACACAUGGCUCUAAUGACGCCCCUCUCCAAGACCGAUUGGUUUGUGUUGUGCCGCCUGUUGCAGUAUCUUAAAGUGCUUCAAAGGACGUUCGAAUCGAACCAAAUCGACUUUGUACGCUUCACCAGCUCCCUGAUUCAGUGGCAGAAACAGCGAGUCCUGCAUUUGCUCCAAACGACAAGAAAGAAGAUAGUUGACUUAAAGCUGCUGCAGCGGAAGGUUAACUUUCUCUCAACCAUGAAGCUGGCGGAGAAGUCGAUACUGGGUUUUCCAAGCAAAAAACGUUUGACCUUCAUAGACCUGGCCGUCGGUGAAUUCCUUGACAAGGAUCGCAUCCUGCCCGCCGACAAGCUAAAGGUCUUUCCAUCUAUCCUUCAGCGAGCCAACAAUCUCAAUAGCUUUGGGAUCGAUAUGCGGCAGCAGUUGGAUUCCUCGAGUCUGAUAUAUAACUACUGGUUCCUCAGCACUUCCUUGCUCAAGGAGUUCACCGAGCUGCAACACAAUCCUUACGCUCUACAGAACCUUGUGGCUGUGAGCCAUCAUUUGGACAAAAGUAUGGCCAUCUUUGGAAGCAGUGAGCUGUCUCCGCCAAAGCCAUCGGCCAAUAGACUGAUGAUUGAGUUUCUACGGACUCACCUGGAGUUGUUUCUGCGUAUGGAGACCCUGUCGCAUCUGUUCCAGAGCCAGGAAAAUCCCUUUCAGCAGAAUGCCUUGGACUAUCGUCAUUGCAUACAUGCGUCGGCUGUGGAAUAUAGAGGAGAUUACAAUAUCAUACGAGAUAACCUUGAGAACUACUUCACGGCCACAUUCUAUAAUCUGACGACAAUUGCGCCGCAUGACUGGAAAACGUACGAGAAGAUGAGACACUUUGCCAGCAAGGUUCUGCAUCUGCGUCCCAUUGACGACCAUUUACCCAACCAGAUCAUAGAUCAGGGCAUUGAUGUGCUGCAGAUUAUGCGGAAUAUCCAUACAUUCGCUUCAACUUAUUCCUACAAUAUGAACCUCCAGUUGUUCGUGGAGACGUACAGCAAGGGCAAGCACUUGGAUAUCAUUGGCACUCGGCAUGUGGCCAAUUCGGUGCAGACACAUGGCUCCGGCAUUAUAAAUACCACGGUUAACUUUAUCUAUCAGUUUCUGCGCCAGAAGUUCUACACUUUCUCCACUUUCCUGCACGACGAGCAGAUCAAAUCGCGUCUUCUCAAGGAGCUACGUUUUCACGCGGAGCACAAGCACAGCAAGCCUUACCAAUCGUAUCCGUACGAGCGAGCCGAGAAUUUUCUCAGGAAGAUUAGGAAGCUGGGUUUCGCCAACAAUGGCGAGACCUACAUUGAUUUGUUUAGGAAAGUCAUCACUCAAGUGGGAAAUGCCGUGGGCUACGUUCGUCUUCUGCAGGCGGGAAGCAAGAACGCUAACUAUAGGAGUCGCUCAUAUAUGCCCAAGCUAGGGAGUCAGUUUAGUGCGGAAGAAGAGCCCAAGGGACUGAUGGACGCCACUGCGAGCUCAAUUAGGGAAUACGAGAAGAGUGUGGGUCACAUGAGGGAAUGCUACUCUGGCAAUACAAAUUAUUUUAAGCUCCUGGUGCAAGGCUUCAAGCCAUUCCUUUGUAAUCCACACAAUCACCAUUUAAAGACAUUCUUUCUCAUCACACCGGCACUGAUCAUGAACUACAUUGACUAUCGGGUGAAGGAGAAGCUGAAGAUUCACCAGAAGGACCUCUCGAAGUUGUCGCUCUUCGAAGAUGGCUUCGCCGUCGGCCUUGUUUACAUCCUGAGCAUGCUGAAUCAACAGAGCGAGUUCCAUGAGCUGGGUUGGAGUCAAACCACUGCCCAGCAGCUUAGGGAGCAGCGCGCCAAGGUGCGAAAUCUGCUGGCUGGCCAGCAGGCAACGGCGACGCCAACGAACGAGAAGCUAUCGCAGACAAUGGCCAUCACCGAGCACCAUGUGAAUGCCUAUGAGCAUGAGUACAAUCUCUUGUACGCCACAUUAAGUAGCUCUGAGAUAUUCUUCCAAUAAAGUUAUUACAAGUUAAGUUUAAUACUACUCCCC